AUGGAUUUCAGUGGAGCUAAUCAAAUCGUCUCCGUAUUAGAAACAAUCUAUUCCCCCAAAUCAACAAAUAGUGACCGUUUGAAAAGUCAGCAGUUUUUAGAUGAGGUCAAGUUACAGGAUGAAUCACCCUAUUGGGGGUAUGAGAUGGCGUUGAAUAACCCAAUGAAUUACAUCGUUAAGCAUUACGGACUGGGUCUCUUACAUAAUGCCAUAAAGAGGAAAUGGAAAGAUUACGAUCAACAAAAGAGAAUUACACUAAGGAAAUGGGUCAUGGAAUUGAAUUAUAGAGUGCAUGAUCAGGAUCCAAGAUAUAUUAAGGAAAAAUUAGCAUUAUUAUGGGUGGAAAUCGCAAAGAGAUCAUGGGGGGAAGCCCUUAGAGGCGGCAAUCCUACAGAGGAUUUACUCGUCGAAUCGUGGGUAGAUAUGGAUAAUAAUUUGACAGAAUUAUGGAGUACAAAUCAAGCAGCAAGAGAAUUGACCUUAAUUAUAUUUAGAAUUCUUUUUGAAGAUGUGUUCUUGUUGGAUGAUAUGAUUGUACUGAAAAGAAUGACUAUUAUUCAACCUCUGUGUGUCAUGAUUGUGUGUCCCAUGGAUGUAUUUGCCAAGAAAUAUAAAUUCACUGAAAAAUGGACUCUCUUCAAGGCUAAUAAUGAAGGUUGGUUCAAAGUUUGGGUACAAGAAUUGAAUUCAUCAGUGGCUGAUAAAAAUGCAGAAUAUGUUAUAAGAUUAUUAGAAACAUUAAAAACGUGUUUGAAUUGGCCUCUAAGCGAUGUACUUAUCUCCAACGAUAUCAUAUCGUCAUUUUUCGCAUGUUUCCUAAGUAAUAUUCCAAAGGCACAAUCCAUGGCAUUAGAUGCAUUACAUAUCUUAUUGACCCGUCCAUACAGCAAUGAAGAGCAUUAUCAAAUCGUCCUGAAUAAACUUUUUAACAAUAUGGACGUGCUGGAUAAAGUAUACACAGAUUUACAGUUUGAUCCAGAGGAUGGUGUUGAUGAAGAUAAAUAUCCAAUUGUCAAGAAAUUCGUUGAUAUGAUCAGUUGCCUUUACACUUGUAUAUUGAAAGUGAGAAAUGAUAAUCAUCAGAUCCAAAACUAUUUGAGACUACUUUUAAGGACCACAUAUAAUCCAAGUUUAAUUGUCAGUGGUUUAACUCUAGAUUUUUGGUGUUCUUGUUUAAGAAACGAUGAAUGUCUACCGUUAAUGGAUGAAUGUAUUCCUGAAUUAUUAGAAUUUGCCGCAAAUGCGCUCAUAUACUAUGAGCAAAUUGAUGGACAUCCUUCCAAGAUUUUCGCAGAUAUUGAUUUCCAAUCUAAUACUGAAUUUCAAACUUUCUGCUCCAGUUAUAGAAAGAGAAUUAGAGACGUUAUCAGAUUGAUAUCUUGUGUAAAACUUGAUUUUGCAUAUGACUGGUUAAAUUUAAGAUUAAACACAUACUUCAGCUCACCGUACGGACAACAGGUACUAAGUUCAACUUUCCUAGAUCGAAAAUCGGAACCUUAUUUAAGUGCAUUAUCUCAAUUUAUGAUUAUUGAAUGUUUUAUCAAUGGUUGUAUACGAUGGAAGAUAUGGUUCCCUGAUAGUGAUAAAUAUGAUGAGAAGUUGGCUGAUAUUUUGCAUAAGUUGGAAAUCUUAUCAAAUCAAUUGAUUGCAUUAAAUAUCAGAGAACCUCUCUUGUUAAAGAAGGAAAUUCAAAAUUUUGCAUUAUUCUUAACCAUGUUGAAGGAUAAUGUUUUGUUUACUUUGUUGGAAAAGAUUAUUACAAGUGCCACAAUGGAUUAUCCAGAUAUAGAUCUCGAUGAAAAAACUGAACAAGCCGAUGCUGUAAGGGAUUUAAGAUAUGCAUGUGGCAUUGAAUUGAAUAGAAUGGCUUUAUUAAUGCCUGAAUCAUUGAAAGGUAUAUACCCUGAUUUAGAAAAUGUCGUUUCAAGAAUCUUACCUAAUUUGUCCUACCAUGAAAAAAUUUCUUUUGAGUCGUUCUUACUUACCAUCAUACUUAAAUCAUCCCUAGAUAGGAAAGAGGAAAGAUUUGCCGCCAUUGUCGACCCUGAAUUGAUAGCAUGGUCAGAUAAAAAUACUGUUGUUGGAUUAACUGAUCUCCCCUGGUUUAUGGAGAGAUUAGGUAUAGUCCAAAUUGCAGAAUACUUUCAAAAGAGGGGAAUUAAUGAGCAUAGUGAUUUAUUACUAAUACCUAUUGAUGAGGAAGGUAAGAAAUUAAAAUCAACAUUGAGUAAACGUUGGCAAACUUUAUUCCCGGUACGGGCUACUAGAAUGUUUAUUCAUUAUUCCAUGCAAAGUAUCAAUAAGGAUGAGGAAUUCAAGGCUCUACAAGAAAUGUGGAGGCCAAGGAUUGUACCGAUCAUUCCUUAUAUAAUGAGGUUACUAUAUCAGUUACAAUCGUAUCCAGAUCCUGAAAAUUGGAAAGAAUUGCCAACUGUAGUUCAGUCAUUCUUAAAGCACUCUACAGUGGAAAGAUUUUGGGAAGCCGGUGCUUCAUAUAAAUCAAAGGAUGAAUUUAUUGAUGAGCACAUGAAAGCUAUGCAGUCAUUGAGAGAUUUUGCAGAUUCUGUCGGGCAUAUCGUCAGGUAUACAAGAGAGUAUACGUUAUUAGUUAUUGGUGCCAUAUCUUCCCUAGGAAGUAUUUUCUACGAAGUGGAGGAGGUACCACAAUUACUACUUGAUUCGAUAAUUAUCUGCAAGCCAGGUUCCAGUGUAAUAAGUCCGGGUGUUUCGGCACAUUCAUGGAAGCAUGUGAUAAAUGUGGGAAUACGUCCAGUCUUAAAAAAUUGUCCUGAAGAAUGUGCUCCGAAGUUUAUGUCUGCAUUUUUACCAAAAUUGUUCAAUACAUUAGAUAUGUUAUUGUGUGAUAAGUGGGCACCAUUCAUGGUUGAUCAUGACACUACUGUCGUGGUGCCAACAGAUGACGAAGAAAUAACAGAAGAAAUUCUGGAGGAGAACUUAGUGAGACAAUUCACCACAGUGGUUGUUCUUCUCUUAUUAGAUUGUGUGGGUCAAAAUUCGUCCAGUUCCAAAUCGAAACCGAAUGCUCAUCAAAUUUUAAUGAGAAGGUUAAUAUUUCAAGAUAUUAACAUCCUUGCUCCAUUCUUGAAAUUGUUGACUCAUUUGAUAUCGUUUAAAGAUGGAAAAUGUUCAUUUAAUUCAAUUCUAUUAAUGAAGUCUUGUUUGGCUGAAGUAUUAAUAAAAGAUGAAAAUGUGGAUGAAUUUUUCACUGUGGAAGUUAUGAACACGUUAUUGAAGAUCCUGUUAAAUCAAAGUCCAAACAAAGACUCAUUUUACGAAGCCCUGUAUGUUUUCACUGUAAUAUUCUUAACAUUAUGCAAAGAAUAUAAGUCGACGAGGGAUUUCUUAUAUGAAGUAUCACACGGUUACAAUAUUGAUGAACUUUACGAGAACUUGAAGAAGGUGGAUGAUUAUAAAAACCAAAGGACUUUGAUGAUUGAAUUUUUAGAUUGGAUAAAAACGGCAAAUGGAACGAAUGAUGAAGGUGAUGUCAGCCACGCAGCUGCAUUGGAAAGAAAGAGGCAAGAAAAGAGAGAUGCUUCUUUGAAAAAGGCCACAGAGAGAUUAGUUAAAAAAAAUAAAGAUGAUGGUGAUAUGUUAGAUGAUCCAGCCACUGAAGAUGCUGCAUUUGGUAGUCUUUUUGAGACGGCAUGA